UUGAUACCUUCCACUACUUUUAUUGGAUGCAGGCAAAAUUUCAUAUCAUACAAGAAAUACUUGGUAAAUUCCAUUCUAUAGCAGCCAUUAGUAAAAGGGGACAAGCUUAUGAUGCUUUAUUAAAUGAACUGAAUGAGGAAAGACAACAAUGUCGUUCCAAUAUGAGGAGAAUGUUUAAUAGUUCAUUUGGUGCUACUUUCCUCACGGAUACUGGUCAGGAAUCAGCAUUUGCCUAUCAUAUCCAUCAGUAUGCGGAUGUAUAUACGAGUAAACCUGAGAACUUCUUGUUGUAUCCUCCGGAGGCAUGGUUUCAUGUACCAUUUGAUAUCAAAAUCAUGCCACAUCAUCUAAAGGUCCCAUCAAGUCUUUUCAAAACACCCUAGUAUCGUCGUCAACCUUGCUAAAGAACUAGAUUUACACAGGCGCAAUCUAACAGAUUGAUUUAGGUUCAGUUCAAUAAUUUUUAUGGUUUUGUAUGGGAUUUUCAUUCCGUUUCAUUUAUUCUUUUUUCAUUAACUUUUUGGUCUCUCCUCCCGUGAUGAUCUUUUUCCUCAUUUGUAUUCCCUUUUUUGCCUAUGAUUACAGCCACAUUUCUCGGCAUGUAUCGUAAAUUACAAAUGUAAAUAAUUCAUUCAUAGUGAAUGGGUUGUCACUUGUCAUAUAUUGACUUCUGUAGCAAUUGUGGAUUCUGCUCCUCCAAAAAUGUCAUAAAAGGAUGAAAAUAGAGUCUUGUGAUA